AUGGCAUCAUCACAGACGCAGGCCCCCGUGCCCAUCUCCAUCACCAUCUGCGGCGACGGCGGCUGCGGCAAGUCGUCCAUCACGCUGCGCCUCGUGCGCUCCGCCUGGACGUCCGACUACGACCCGACCAUCGAGGACAACUACAGCGUCACGCGCGUCAUCGACGGCGUCACGUACCACCUCUGCCUGACGGACACGGCGGGCCAGGAGGAGUACCGCGGCAUGUGGGCGUCGUCCAACCUCGGCGCCGACGCCUUCCUCAUGGUCUACGACAUCACGUCGCGCGACUCGCUCGACGCCCUGCAGCACUUUGACGAGCUCAUCGACAUGGAGGCCGAGGUGCGCCUGGACAACGCCGAGCGCGCCCGCGCCGCCGGCAUCUCCCCGGCCUACACCGGCUCCGGCGCCGGCGCCAGCACCGUCCCGCCCGUCAAGAUCGUCGCCGGCAACAAGUGCGACCUGCAGGAGAGCCGCGCCGUGCCCGCCGCCCAGGGGCUCGACUGGGCCCGCCGCCACGGCGCCGGCUUCAUGGAGACGAGCGCCCGCCUCGAGGUCAACAUCGAGGAGACGUUUGCCCUCAUCGUCAAGCGCGUCGUCGAGCGCCGCCGCCUCGCCGAGGAGGGCGUCCUCGACAACACCGAGAUGAGCGCCCGCGGCAUGACCAAGCCCCUCACACCAUUGCCCGGCGGCGAAGACGACGAGAAGCGCGGGCCGGGCGUCCGAGGACCCAUGAUCAACGGGGACAAGGUCGGCCGCGGGCAGGGCGGCUUCUGGAAGAAGCUGCGGUGUUGGUGA